AAAUUCCAUAAUACAUACAAAUUAAAAAAGGAGAAUUCUGGAAAGCAAGCAAAACCUUUAAAGAAGUUUAAAACAUGAGAAAUAUCAUGUCUGCAUGUGCCUGCCCGCCAGCACACACACAAACACAAACCCAAUUUAACGAGAUUUGUUAAUGACCAAUACAAUCUCAUACAAAGAUAAUGUGGGGAAUGCAAUGUAAUAAAGUGACGAGGAUAGUCAUGUAUCGAUGUCUGUAUGUUGCCUUAAUGCUGUAAUGCUCCUGUUUGAGGAGAUAGACUGUUUACUAUGGUAUGAAAUUAUAAAUAGUUGACUAUGAUAUUGUGCAAAAAUAUGUAUACAAGGACGCUUAACCUUGCUGGAUUUUUAAGGCAAUACCAACGAGUUGCAGACUUUUCGAAGUCGGCUUCUUCCCAUUCUUCAGUGAAACAUUCUGUGAUUGUGAAGAACUCGUCAAUGAAUUACAUAGAUGAAGGUUCAAGUGAAGUAAAUUCAGUGGUAUUUUUGCAUGGAAAUCCAACUUCUUCAUAUCUAUGGAGAAAUAUAUAUCCAAAGAUUUCUUCCAUUGCCCGCUGCUUUGCUCCUGAUUUAAUUGGGAUGGGUAGUUCUGAUAAAGUCAAAAAUCUCAUGUAUACAUUUGAUGAUCACUUUCAAUAUCUUUCCGAAUGGAUUGACAAGGUUGUGAAGACUGAUAAUAUUCAUUUUGUUAUUCAUGACUGGGGUUCAGUGCUUGGAUUUCAUUGGUCAAAUUUAAAUCGUGACAGAGUAAAGUCAAUUGUGCAUAUGGAAGGUAUUGUUGCACCACUUGAAUCAUGGAAUGAAUUCCCAGAAGGUGGUCGAAAAGCCUUUCAAGGAAUGAGAUCGCCAGCAGGUGAGGAAAUGGUGCUAAAGAAAAAUUUUUUUGUUGAACGUAUUUUACCCAGCAGUAUUAUGACUAAAUUAAGUGAUGAAGACAUGGAAGAAUACAGAAAACCUUAUGCUAAUCCUGGGGAAGACAGAAGGCCAACUUUGACUUGGCCGAGGGAGAUUCCCAUAAAAGGUGAUGGACCAGACAAUGUGAUUGACAUAGCUGAUUCAUAUUACAAAUGGCUGUGUGAAAGCAAAAAUUUACCAAAACUUUUCAUCAAAUCUGAACCUGGAUUUUUUUCACCGCUCAUCGAAGAAAAAACUAAAAAUUGGCCCAAUCAUAUCACAAAGUCAGUUAAAGGCCACCAUUUUCUACAAGAGGAUUCACCAUAUGAGAUAGCGAAGAAUAUUCUCGAAUUUUAUAAUCAGAUAAUGUGAAAGUGUUCUAAAUCAUUAUAUCAUGACAAUGAUGCAAUUUAUAUUUCAUUUCAUUGAUUUCUAAUUUUUCAUAAAAUUUUUGAUCAAUUUACGUUUUUGUGUUCUGAUGGAUUGUUGGUCACACAGUUAUGUCACAUCGGUUAAACGAAGCGUUGUGCUAGACCAGACGGACUGUUAUUAAAUAGAAUACAAAAAGUGAUUUGAAAUGGCG